UGACUGCUUUAUUGGCAAAAACAGUCAAUAUGGCACCUUCAACUUCAUAUGAGAACCAAAACCCAUUCGAGACAUGCCUGAUGUCUGAGAGACAAACCUUUUCCUGUGAAGACGACGAUAGUGUUUAGUCAGCUACAUUUCUUACGAUCUCACUAGAUGCAUGGUGGAAUGUUUGUCUGAGAUUUUAUCAGAAGACGCUGGACCAUAUGUUCAGAGAGUGGGAUUUUGAAUUCUACGUCCAACUCCAUUGACUGGAAUCCCUCUGACAGCUCAUUGAAGUUCCUGCUUUCCUCUGCUGCCAUGGCUUCCACACCUCCACCUCUCAUGAAGAAGCACAGUCAGACUGAUCUUGUGAGUCGCCUCAAGUCCCGCAAAGUCCUGGGUGUUGGUGGGGAGGAUGAUGAUGGAGAGGUGCACAGGUCAAAGAUCAGUCAGAUGUUGGGUAAUGAGAUGAAGUUUGCUGUACGUGAGCCCAUUGGUCUCCGGCUUUGGCUCCUCAUCUCUGCAGUGCUUUUCACAUCCACAUCCUUAAUGGCCCUGGCUUUUCCCAGCCAGCUCUACGAAUUAAUAUUUGAGAUCACCACCACCAGGAUCUCCAUCAGACUCUACGGGGGAGCCCUUCUAUGUAUCUCAUUAAUUCUGUGGAAUGGCUUGUACACAGUGGAAAAGGUCAUCAUUCAGUGGACGCUACUUACAGAAGCCUGUUACUUCGGGGUACAAUUUCUAGUGACGUCCAUCACCCUCUUGGAGAUGGGCACACUGUCCAAUGGUGCAAUCGUUCUUCUUCUCAGUCAAACCUUCUUCCUCUUCAUCACCUUGAUUUACUAUCAUCACCUCGGCCGGCGCACCAAAAAGACCUAAGGGGGGCCAGCUAUUUGUUAGAUGGGUAGAUUGGCGGCACAAAAUUCUUUGAAUACAGUAGCACCACUACCUGGACCAAAUGAAUUUACACUUGACUGAAAAUCAACCUCUGUUUGUGGGCAAUUUCCAUUUUAUGUAAAUACAAUAUCUGGGUAUUUACUUUCAUUAGAUACAGAGGGCCACGGAUCAUGACUGUCGUUUUUAUGUUACAUUAUGUUACCUACAGUGGGUAUAAUAAUUAUCUGACAGCUCACUUUUUUGUAAAAGCUUUUUCUGAGAUUUUAUUGAAUGGGGAGUAGGUUUAUGGCACAUUUGUACAUGUUAGAGAAUCCCAAAUGUGUCAAAUUAUUUUUGGAAGAUGCCUGUAAUUCAGGUCAUAUUAUGUAAGAGUUUAGUGAACUUCCUGUAUGUGGUGUGAUAUUCUAUGGCAAGAAUAUAGUUUUAAAAUGGUACUGGUAUGAUUUGUCAGGCACAAUAGACACAGCAUGGAACAGUGUACAACAACAUAUACUGCAAGACAAAGGGUAAUACAAAGAAUAGAAUUAAAUUAACAAAUACAUCAUUUUUUAAUGUAUUUCAGAAAUUGUUACAUUUACUUGUAGUUACUAACAUUGCAAAGUGAAGACUUUGCAAAUACAUUCCUUUUGGAUUUAGGUUCCCAACAGUACAUUAUGUGAAAUGGUAAGAAUAACACAUAUAGUAUUAAAUGGCAUUUAACAUGUGUAUUUCAGAAAGUACUGUAGUUGUAAAUGUAUUACUGUUAGAUCGUCAAAUACAGCUUUGUGUGGCUUCACACAAAGAAAUUCUACCCCUACCAAUUCAGAUGUAACAUUUUGCUGCUUUACAUACCUAAUGGACAUUUACACAACAGUUACUAAAGUAAAUAGUGUAAUUAUAAACUUAGUACAAGUCCCUUUUAAGACAGAUUAAAGUUUACAGAGAAUCAGUCAUUUGAAAAAUCUUUAUAGGGUUCAGGUAAUUUUUCCAUGUCUUCGUGACUUUCAAGAUGCAUGAUGACUUAACUUCCACAAAUUUAUCUGUAUAUAUUAAAGGGACAGUCCACCCAAAAAACUGAAGUGCAACAUUUAUUUUUAGUUUAGUUCAAAACUUAUGAAUAUAUCUUCUGUGGAACAAAAAAGGAGUAUUGUAAAUGUAGUAAAUCUGACUGUGUUUCAAGUCUGAAUUCAUAUGAUGGUUCCUUUGUGUAUCGUCAUUGACCGUGAACUUCAGAGAAUUUUCUUUCUUGGGUGAACUAUUCUUGUAACAACUACCAUUAUGCACAACACUCGUAAAUUUUAGAACUGUAUGUAGUAAGAUAUGCUUUAUGCCUUUAUUGAUCAUUGCAUGAAGUCAACAAUGCGGAUCAACAGUAGCGCUAAAAUGUAGCACUUUUUAACAUGGAAAGCACAUUAACAUUAAUCAUGAUUAUUCUAUAAUUAGAACUAGCAGGUGUUAUUCCUAACAGUAUAUGCUUCUAUCACUGAACUGUCAUUUGAGAUGUGGACAGUCACACUGCCCUUCCAUAGAUCUUAGAUAUUGCUUCCAGAGAAAAACAAAAGGCUUUAUUCCAAAGGGAAAUCAGAGGAUCAUAUGAAUAUGUGCUUUGGAACCGUCAAGUCGAAACUGCUGUUUGUUUAUUUAUACUGUGCACCUCUCAUAACCUGUUUAGUAAUAGUUAACUAGCAAAACAAUAGACCAUGAUUUAAAGUCGAAGCACUGUUCAUUAUUAUAUAGACUAGACAGUAUAUUUUUAGGUCACUUUUUGCUUUGUAAUUAUUUGAAUGAUUCAGGAAUGUUUUUUUCUAUAUAUUUUUUUAGAAAGAUGAUUGCAAUGUCAGUUUAAAUAGGAACUUUUGUUCUCAUUAUUUGUUCUUUAAUGUGUUUUGAAGGGAAAAAACACAGAUGUAUGACAGAUAUGUAUCUCCUUUUGUAGAGAGACAGUGAAUGUGCUUAAUAAAUCUAUAAAGUUUUUCAGAUGGAAAAAGUA